CCAGGGGUGGACUGACCAUUUGGAAACUCGGGCACUGCCCGAGGGCCCGGGGUCAGUAGGGGCCCCCCUGAGAUGCCCCUGGUACCUUUUUCAUAGGCUUUUUUGAGUUUGGGUAAGGUCACAGGGGCCCCAUGAUCCCCUAUUGCCCGGGGGCCCCAUGAGUUGUCAGUCCGCCCCUGGAAUCCGCCCCUGCCUCAUCAGCCACCCCAUCAGUGCCCAUCAGUGCAGCUUAUCAAUGCCCAUCAGUGUUGCCUCAUCAAUGCCC